CCGGUUCGGAACACCCAAUUAGAGUUAGGAGUUGUACUUUGACACGGGAUUUGUAAAGAUUUCGACUCCUAAUGGGUACAGACCACCCCACCCUAUAAAUAUAAAGGGUUACGGCCGAUUGAGACACAUACAAUCGAAUCAAACAACAAUGCAUCUACUUUUUUACCCUAACUCUCUUUUCCAACCUCUUCUUGCUGUUCAUCCGUGAUCUCCACGACCAUUGAUGACGCUCAAGGCUCGCUGGUCGACCUAGGGCACGUUCGGCGACGUCCACACACCCUGACGGGGUCCCUCCCGGGCGUGAACAUCGACGACCUUUGCUAGUUUGCUCGUAAACUAGUUGUUCUUCGCUACGUAAGUGCGUUGGUUAUCUCUUUGUUGGUUUGCUUGUAAACCUCGCCGUCUUUCACUACGUAAGUGUGAUAGUUAUCCCUCGAGACGACCGAUUCCAGCGAAACCCUAGAAACCGGUCCGACCGGUCUACUCUAGCGGUCUGACCGGUCUGCGCGGCCUCGCUGCCCUUCAGUCCGUUUGCGACACACACUCUCAAGUGCUCUCGUGUGUUGAAAUCUGCGUCAACACAAGGCCUUGAGGGGUUACGAAAUCACAACCAACUGAAACUUUUAGGCUAAGGCGCUUGCUGCCUUAGUGUCAGGGAGGGCACUAACCCAGACUUAGCUUAGUGUUUUGGUGGUCAGGCCCUAGUCCUUUGUCUUGUAAUAGUUUAAUGUUGAAACUCCUACAGUCCGUACUCUGGUCCAUGGUGCGGCCCUGUAUUCUGUAAUUGAACCAAACUCUCACUCUCUUAAUACAAAGAUACGCUGCUCUCCUGCGUGUUCGAGAAAAAAAAACUGAAACUUUUAAGCAGUACAUAUACAGACUUACUAGUAUAGAUUGUGAUUGUAUAUUGGCCGGGAAAAGUAAUUCGUAUAAACCACAUAAGUUUUGGAGGCUUCAUGUGGAAGUAGACACUGCUGUACCACUAAACACAUUGUUAUGAAUUUGUCCACUUUUGUUUUUAAUAAUCACAAAGGUGCAACUAUGAAAUUAUUGCUCUUUACAUGGCAAAAGGAGAAAGGUUUGCUGAUCUCAUUUCUCCUAAAACCACUUUGCUCCUUGUCUUUAAGUGCUUCCCAAUUGCUUUUCCACGUCUAGCCCAUUAAUGCCUCCCUUAUUCCUCCUACCUACACAAAAGUUUACUUCAACUGUGACUACUGAAAGAACUUCAGAAAGAGAUAGACCAUCUUUUUAUGCAAGCAAAAGAAAUCAAUUUAGCCCCCUUGACUGUUGCUGUCGUCUAAUCUCUAUCCUCAUAUUCAGUAAUUUUUUGUUAUUCCAUUAAAUUGUCGUUGUCACUUUGGCUGCUGGGCCACCAAAUUUGCCUAGGUGGGUGUACAGUCAGAAGAAUACUUAUCAGAAAUAACUAAAAGCCUUGUCUUCUCUCUCCAGUCCUUUGCUCUUGCUCAUAACUGAACACAAGUACUCAAGUAGUAUACCUUUAUUUUUCCUUUUUAUUUAAUAGAAUAAGAAUGUGCUAAUGCCAAAUGAUGUCAACAGACAAUGUGUACCAAUUUUAGUAACUGAGGAUACCAAGUAAUGGCCACUUACUUAAGGUUAGAAAAUAGACUGCAGCAGCAGUAGGUGAACUCGAUUUUAUUAAUUUAUUAAUAUGUAAUCUGAAAUGAAUUAUUGAGCAUUUUGGACAUUACUGUUGAAAAUUGGAAUCACCGGAAACACUUUCCUGAGAAAUAUAAAUUCAUUUUGUUGUUGAACUACACUGCAGGCAAGCAGUUACCAUGGUUAUACGGGGAGCUGUUACUUUUGAAUUUUAUUUAUUAUUCUAUGCAGAAUACAUUAGUUUACUUAUAUGUAUAUUAUGUUUAUUUUAUUAUUCUAUGAAGGUUGAAAUUUGAUUAUUUUAUUUUAUCAAAUAUGUAUAAGAAAACACGCUUCUAUGUUUAAUGGCUUUCAUUGAAUUGACAUCUAGCAUUGAAGCUUCUACUAUGUUUUCUGACUGAAUGGAAAUCCCUGAAAUGAAUCGAUCUGCUAGUGCACUUGACUCAUUUCUUCUAGAGAUUUUUAAUCAAGGGAGGUUGCCUCACGUUUCUAUUAAUAUUCAUAGAGAUUGGGGCUUAUGCAUCUUGUUUGUUGCAUAACUAGGUGGGCCAGGCUGUGAAAAUAACUUUCAUUCACUUUAGUUAUAUUUUUAGCUAUUAUUGAAGCAAGUUGUCCUGCAUACUAAAAUAUAUUUCCUUUGAGUGGAUGUCUACAUAUCUGAACUAACCAAUUGUCUGCAAAAUAUCCUGAUGCCCAACCAGCGGUAUUGAAGUAGUCUUCUUUGAAGUUCUAACAAACAACAGAAAUGGGAACUGUAGCUCCUUAUGCUGUUUCAUUUUUCCUAAGACUUAUUUAUGGAGUCACAAACACACUCACCAAAAUUGCUUUUAGCCAAGGCACAAGUGCAUGUGUUCUUGUUUUUUACAGGUUUCUGAUAGCUAGUGUGCUCUUGCUGCCCCUUGCCGUUGCAUUUGAAAGAAAAACUGCCCCACCACUGUCAUUCAAAGUCUCUCUUAAGCUAUUUGUGCAUGCAUUAUACGGGAUGUCUGCUUCUACGAUCAUAUCGUACAUUGGCCUCAAUUACAUUUCAGCAACAUCUGCUUCUGCAGUAAUAAAUCUUGUGCCAGUGCUUACUUUCUUUUUGGCUGUCCUAUUCAGGAUGGAGUCUUUGAACUUAAAGAGAUCCCAUGGGGUCGUUAAAGUUUCUGGCUUGGUGCUUUGUUCUGUUGGUGUUACUGUACUUGCAUUGUACCAGGGACCUGAGCUGAAAUCUUUCAUCCAUCACCGUCUUUUCCAUUACACAAGCCAUGUUGGUACUAAUUCUGCAAGGAAAUGGAUAUUGGGAGUCAUCUUGCAAUCUUUUGCGGCUGCAAUGUGGGCUCUGUGGGCUGUACUUCAGGGACAUCUGUUUGGGGAAUAUCCAUCUAAGCUGCUUAACACAACGCUCCAGAUAGUCUUUGCAACUGUUCAGUCUUUCCUGAUGGCUCUUUUAAUUGAGAGAGAUUUUUCAAGAUGGAAGCUUAGUUUGGAUGUAGGCCUUGUGGCUAUAAUCUAUUGUGGCAUAACACUUGCAGUUUUGUGCUACCUGCAAGUUUGGUUAGUUGACAUGAGGGGGCCUGUAUUCCUGUCCAUGACCGUACCAUUGACACUGGUAUUCACUAUCAUCCUGACAAUCCUCGUAGGAGAAGCAGUCACCCUGGGAAGUGUGAUAAGUGGAGCUCUACUGGUUGGUGGUCUGUAUAAUGUACUGUGGGGAAAGAGAAUCGAACAAGUAGCUAUGUGCGCGCAAGGAGAUGAUGACAUAAAUGCUGCUUUGGAUCUGGAGGAACAGGGAACAGCAGCAUCAGUUCUCAAGACACAAGAUUAGAUCAAUGCAGUACCAGAUGUGGAAUAUGAAGAUCUACACGUCACACAGUGUGUACACCCAUAUAUAUGUGGGAAACAGAACUCAAACUAUAUGUCAGAACUCAGAAUAAGUUAGGUGUAGUCAUACUGUUGUUUCAAAAUUUGAACGCUGCCACACGGCUGCCACUGCCAGUUUGCUAUUGUAGAGAGUAUACAGCCAACCCAAGGGGAUAUUUGGUUGUCAUAGUUUUCUUCUAAAAACAACAAAUCCGUUCAA